AUGACCGUUGACACUGAUACUAAAUCUUAUGUCUUUCAAAAGAAAAUUGCACACAAAGGUUUAAUGUGUGUUGGCUCUAAAAAUGAUGGUAUGUACCUUGUUUUAAAAGAUCCAUCUAAUGGUGAAGUGAAGGUUGUUUUGGAUGGUGUAUCUGGUGCUGCAGUUUGUUCUUUAGGCCAUAAUGAUCCUGAAAUCACUAGUCAAUUCACCAAGUGGGCAGAAGAAUCGACAUAUACUUUUGGUGCUUAUUAUGGUAAUGAUGCUGCAGAGGAGUUAAGUAAAUUUAUGUGUGAGAAAUCUAAAGGCGCCUUUGAAUCAUGUCUAUGGACACAGUCUGGAUCAGAAGCUACCGAAAAUGCAAUCAAGAUUAUGAGACAGUACCACCUUGAGAGAGGCGAUGAUAAGAGAUACAAGGUUAUUUCUAGAUUGCAAUCUUAUCAUGGUUUCACUAUAGGCGCUUUAUCAGUUGGUGAUGGUACAAGAAAACCUCCAUUCAAGCCAGUUCUAUUAUCCGAUGAACAAACCCCUAAGAUGCAACAGCUUUAUCCUUACAGAGAUUGGAAGGAAAAUAUGACUGAGGAAGAAUAUACCGAACUUCUACUUAAGCAAGCAGAACAAUGUUUUAUUGAUAAUGAUCCUUCGACUAUAUCUGGUGUCAUAGUUGAGACUGUCGGUGGCUCUACCAUCGGUACUCCAACACCACCUAAAGGUUAUCUUGACGGAUUAAAAGCAAUCUGUCACAAGUAUGGUGCUUUAUUUAUGCUAGAUGAAGUUAUGUGUGGAUUGGGUAGAUGUGGCUACGAUUUUACCUGGAUGCAUCCUGAUUUUGGUUUAACCACAGGUGGUCCUGAUAUUUUAUCUGUUGGUAAGACAAUUGGAUCUGGACUUGUUACUCUAGCUGGCCUCUUUUUCUCACCAGGGGUCUGUGAGGUUUUCAACCAGGGUAGCGGCUAUAUUAUGGGUGCUCAAACAUACCAUUCACAUGCUUUCACAUGCCGGGUUGGUUUGGCUGUUCAACAAAAGAUUGUCAGAGACAAUUUAGUGGAAAAUGUUAGGAUUGUUGGUGCCUACAUGAAGGAGCAGCUAAAGGAGAAGUUAAAGGAUUGUAAAAUUGCUGGCGAUGUUAGAGGUGCAGGUAACUUUCUUUCAGUUGAAGCAGUUAAGGAUAAAUCCACAAAAGAGUCUUUUGACCCUAAACUUGCUGUUGGUCCAAAACUUCACCAGAGGAUCUUCGACAAGGGUGUUGUUGUUAUGGGUGCAAGCGGUACUGUUGGUUAUGAAUAUCAUGGUUUGAACGAUGUAACGUGUUUUGGCGACCAUGUUACCAUGGGUCCAGCCUUCACUUUUACUAAGAAUCACGCAGAUAUCAUCGUCAAGGCUGUUACUGAAGCUUUCUUCGAAUUAGAGAAGGAGUUGUUAUAA